GUAUUCAUAAAUAUAACUGUAAACAUAUACCAACAAGAAUCAUUCAUCGAAUAUUUUGCAUAAUUGCUCUUCAAAAAUUAUUGACACAAUGAAUUAAAUACCAAUAUAUCUCUUAAUUAAUCAUAAUUCCGAUAAAACACGAGAUUAUUCCAGAGGCUGUCCCUGCAAAAAUGUUCGCAAAGCCGAUGAGAACCUACCAGAGAAAGCCUGUGAAUUCUUGGUCUAGAAUUCCCGCAGCCAUUCCCACUCGUUCCAUUCCCCUGCACUUCUUCUCGGACUCCGAAGACGAGGAAAAUGACAAACAGGAAGAGCCCCUGGACGAUACCUUCGACAGACUGAGAAAAACGGCAAAACCAGUGGAGGCAGUUGUCUCGUCUCAAAACAAUGACUCAACAAAUUUUUACUCCACCAGCAGCUCUGACUCCAGUGAACUGGAAGUCAUCCCCAUUCCUCAGGCUAGUCUUCCGGUUAAACGUGGGAGAAAAAGAAAAACCACGGAAAAAUCCACAAAAGCCAGUAAAAAUCCUCAGAAUUCUCUCUCAAAUCAGAAAGUAACGAGAAGAAUCAGAGGAGCUAAGGAUAAUGCAGGACGUCCCGUCAAUUCUCAAGUUGUAGAUCAAAAGAGAAAAGAGAAACAACAAGUCAAGUCGAGAAAUAGAAAAAAGAGAACUUCUCCAUCACGACAAAAACAUUUUGAUAAAAAUGAGGAGAACGACCUUGUGGAUGACAGUGUAAUCCCACCAGUUGUUGAAAUCUCAGAUAAAAGACCAGAUUCCAACAGAAGAGGAGGCAAAAAUAUUGAGUCAAUUCAACGAAACGAAAUUUCUCUGCACUCAUCAUCAGAUGCAACGAGCGACUGCUGGGUGAGCUUACACAGAUUAAAGCUGGCAAACAUCCUGAGGGAAAAAAAUCCUGGGAAUCAUUCCGAAUCUCCGAAUUCUCAGAAAAGUUCGGUCAGUGUUCUAGUCAGUUUAUUAUCUGAGGAUGAGUUGAAUGAAGAAAAAGAGAAUAAAUUCGACGAAGAGAAAACAAAAGGCAAAAGAAAUUUGAAAUCUCGAAUCGAAUCGCUAAGUUUAUUCUCCACUGAUGAGAGUUUGAAUCCGAAUGAUUCUGUGAAGAAAUACGAGAAAGAGGUGACGGAUGAUUCAUUAUCUCUCAUGAAAGAGGAAAUUAUUGAGAAAACUCUUGAAACGAAGAGAAAACCCUCGAGUGCCAACGAGGGACGAUCGUCUACCAGUUCCGUCUCAAUCUUGGAUAAUUGUUCAGUAGUUCUUCAACGUUAUGACAAACUGGGAAAAUCCAGGAACUCCAAUAUCAAUCAAACUCUCUGGAGCAGCACUCCAGUGGUCUCCAGGAUCAGACAGAAAGGGGCUAGAUUGCAGUUGUCUCCCAUUCCAGUUCCCUCUUCUGGGAUUAAUCCGCGGAAUAAUCAAUUGGCACCGAGAGGAAAUCAAUUACAAGAGCAGGAGAACAGGGGGAAGGAAAAUAUCGAGACUGAUCCCUUAGGGGUGGCGAUUAAAUUACCCAAGAGCAAUUCCGUUUCGAUAAUUGAUGAGGACACUGAAGAGGAGCACGUGUCGACUGCUUCAGAUAUUAUUCUGACUAGAAUAGUUGAUAAUUCUCUCAAGCAGAAGAUCGAGCAACAACUGUUCUCUUCGGUACCCAGUAUUAAAGAUAGUAUUGAUGGAUCCACGGGGGUUGAGCCCUCGAUUAUUUCAGGAGAAUGUCAGGAAGACAAAUUGAAAUCAUCUGUAAAUACAAUGGCAGUUUCGAAUUCUUCUGGAGAAAUUUGCUCUCCACUCUCCGAUAAGGUCGAGGGGAGGGUGGAUACGUCGUCUUCAGGGACAAUGUCUCCACUGAUGUUUGAGGAUAGUGGCGAGGAUAAAAGAGAGGGUGACACUUCUGGAAUUCAUGAUUCAACAGCUGGGGGAAUUGAAGACGAGGGGCAGCCGAUGGGGAAGACGUCGGGGGUUGAUCUCUCGUCGCAUUUGUUUUCAACUGAUUCAAUUAAUGAUCAAGGUGACGAGGAAAAUAAUGGGGAGAUAAUGAUUGAAGAGCCAAAUGAUUCUUCUGGUGUUGGUGAAAAGAAAAGAGAGUCGACGAUGAUGGGACAAUUGCCAGAAGCCCUGACUCGGUUACCCGAUUCUGUUCGGGUGUCAGACAGACGUCACAAAUAUCGUGACCGAGAUAAUAGACUGAGUGCAAUAUCUGAGAAUACUGUUAAGAGAUUGUCAGAAGGGGUUGAAGGUCCUGUGGAGAAUGAUGAGGAUGGGGAUGAGGGUGAAGUGAGUGGUGGACGUGAAGUUAAGUCUGUCUUCCUAAAGCCUGGGAAGUCCUGGGCCCGAUCGCUCUCUAUUUUGAAUCAUUUACGAAAAGAGGAGGACCUCGAGGCCAUGGCUGCUGGAAAAGGAAAGAACUGGCGACAAAGUGUAGCUAAUCUCCUGAAUAUGCAGAGCCAAGGCAUAAUCCAAAGCUGCAUAUCGAAUAAUGCGGACGACAAGAUUCAGACGUGUGUCUCCAGUGCCAUUUCUGGACCUCCAGAGAGGAAAUGGUCGGCGAAUGGAUUAUCCUCUCAGCCCUCGAGUCCAGGGAGAUUCAUUCGGAGGGUGUCGAUCCGCGUCGUGCCCGAUAAUAGGGGCAACACCAGGAUCUCUGAAAAAAUACAGGAUUCAUCGUUCCUUGAGGCUUAUGGGAUCACCACUGGAAAAGAUCGACAGACGCUUGUGCAGAAACCGAUCCAAUCGGUGAGAAAAUCGAAUUAUAAUUUCCGAAGUAGCACGAAUAAUUUACAAGUUCCUGAGCCAACAAUUGCCAGGAACGUCGUCUUGGAACGUUGCAACCAGAUGGAUAGCUGUCCAUUUUCUCAAAUGUACCCUGAGGAAUACUUGGACAACUGUCGAAAAAUCGGGGAAGGUGUCUACGGUGAGGUAUUUCUCUUCGACAACGGCAAGGAAAGAUCUGUCAUCAAAAUAAUCCCAAUAGAGGGCUCAGACCUCGUCAACGGGGAGCCCCAGAAGAAAUUCGACGAGAUAUUAUCUGAGAUUAUAAUUGCCAAGGAGCUGCACGAUCUGAGGGUGAAUAAAAUUAAUAGGACUGACGGUUUUGUAGAGGUGAAGAAUAUCCGUUGCCUCCGGGGGAGGUAUCCAGAUAAAUUGGUGAAUCUCUGGGAAAUGUACGACGAGGAGAAGAAUUCUGAAAAUGACUGUCCCAGUAUGUUCAAGGACGAUCAGCUGUACAUUGCCCUCGAGCUUGGCGAUGGUGGAAAGGAUUUAGAGGCGUUUAUCUUUCAAAAUGCGAGUGAAGCUUUCUCAUCGUUUAUUCAGACUGCCCUGACCCUGGCUGUUGCUGAAAAAUCCAUGGACUUUGAGCACCGGGACCUCCACUGGGGGAACAUCCUCAUAUCACGAACGAACGAUAAACUCGCGAGCUACAAAUUAAAUACCGAAGAAAUCACAUUCCCCUGUCAAGGGAUUAAAGUCUCGAUCAUCGAUUUUACAUUCUCUCGGAUGUCUUACGAGGGAUGCUGUAUAUUCAAUGAUCUAGCACUCGAUCCAUCACUCUUCACUGCUGUUGGAGAUUAUCAGUUCGAGAUCUACAGGCUCAUGAGGGCACAGGUGAAGAACACCUGGCAGGUCUUCCAGCCCUACACCAAUCUACUCUGGCUCCACUACUUGAUCGAUAAAAUGAUUACUGUAGUUCGAUACAAGAGAACUGGAAGCAAAAUCCAUCAGAAUCAUAUUUCGAAGUUCCAGGAGUUGAAAAAAGUUAUUUUGGAUUAUGACAGUGCCUUCGACUUUGUUUAUAAUUGUCAAAUUGUCAAGGACGCAUUGAAAAUUCGGUGACUCGCAGAGACUAGAUGAAUAAAUUUGCGCUAAUGAGAAAAAUUUUCGUGGAUUCUAAGACU